AGAGAGAGAGGGAAGAGGGAUAAUAGAGAGAGAGAAGAGUACUCCACAAGGUUCUCACACAUUGUGUGUGUGUGGAAAAGAGAGAGAGAGACUCUUUUGUCAAAACAUAUAUCUUUACUGCAUUUGGGUUGUUGUCCUUUGAACAAUCAUCUCUGUGAAGUUUCAGAGGAGCAAACCGGGGUAGAGGUUUUGUUUAGUAGUUGGAUAUGCUGAGGAAGAGGAAUAGAUCAUCACACCAGAAAGAUCAACACGCGGGUCACCUAAUGUCUGAUAUUGUUUCAGAAAAAUUUGAUGUUUUGGGGCAGAAACAUAAAACAAAUUCAUUUUUCAAUGUUCCUGGUCUGUUUGUAGGAUUCAAUUCUAAAGGUCCAGAAUCUGAUUCAGUUAGAAGCCCCACUUCACCAUUGGACUUUAGGGUGUUUUCAAAUCUAGGAAAUCCCUUUAGGUCCCCAAGGUCAUCCAAUGAGGGAAAUCAGAAGAGGUGGGAUUGCAGUAAAGUAGGCCUAAGCAUCAUAGAUUCUCUUGAAGAUGAUACGAAACAAUCUGGGAAAGUUCUCCGAUCGUCGGACAGUAGGAAUAUUCUUUUUGGACCGCAGAUGAGGAUCAAAACCCCCAAUUUUGUAAGCCGUAUUGAUUCCUUUGAAGCAUCUAAGUCACUUCCUAAAAACUAUGCAAUUUUCCCUCAUACCCAGACCAAACUAUUCAAUCUCCAAAUAGGCAGUUCUAAUGUUCUUUUUGGAAUUGGAGAAGCCCCGUUAGAGCCUGAGUCAUCUGAAAAAAUCCGGUCUUGUUCGUUGGAUUCUAGAAGGUCUGGGUCACAUCUUACCAGUUUAACAAACAUUGUCACCUACUCAAGUUCUGGGAUUUUUUGUCCAGAAAAUGGAAUAAACCCUGUGAGUCAACCUUCUCAUUUAGCCAGAGGAAGCCCAAGUUUGAGCAAUUCGGUAGGUACAACACUAACUUCGAUCCCUGUAUCCAUUGGUGGCAAUAGUUUGAUUGAGCCUCUCUCACAAGCUGAGAUUGAGCUUUCUGAGGAUUAUACCUGUGUGAGAACACGUGGCCCCAACCCCAAAACAACUCAUAUUUUCGGUGACUGUAUUUUAGAAUGUCACAACAAUGAGUUUGCCAAUUUUUCUAAGAAUGAGGAACAGGAGGUUGCAUUGCCUCAAGAGGUUAAGUUCUCUGAAGAUCCCGCCUCAUACCCCUCCAGUGGUUUUCUGAGCUUCUGUUACUCAUGCAACAAGAAAUUGGAGGGGGAAGAUAUUUACAUGUACAGGGGUGAGAAAGCAUUUUGCAGUUGGACUUGCCGCUCAGAGGAGAUUUUGUUUGAGGAGGAAAUGGAGAAAACCGACAAUGUGUCUUCUGAAAAAUCUGUUCAGUUGAAUGCAUGUGAUGAACUUUUUGAGAAUGGUCUGUUCAUCGCCACAUGAGGCCAUAGCCACUAUGCCCAUGAUUGAUUAAACCAUUGCAUAAAUAGACACCCCUGAUCAUCCAUUUACUAAGAGCUGUUCAUGUGUAUCUGUUAGCAGCCAUGGAGGAUCAUUGUGUGCGUUGUUCUUGAUGCUGAUUGUUUGUAAUCUUUCAUGGUCAUAGCGGGUAGCAACCGGCAGUUUUUGCUUUACAUAUAUAUAUAUAUAGAUAUCUGACACUGAUACAUAAUCUUGGACUUCAAUUGGAGAAUGGCCGUAGCCGAUCUUCAUGGCUCUCCAAUUUGUUGCCUUAGCUUUUUUUGGCUGGAGUUCAUGUGUAAGCCUCUAAAACUCAAAAAUUUUG